CGAUUUUAUCGCUCACAGUGAGUGAGAUCAGACGUUUUAAACAUACUUAGCACAAUGGGCUCAAUUGAAAUUCCCAAAUUAAUCAAGAUAGUAAUCUCAUCAUACUGUCGACUCGGUUUGUGGCAUCAUCAAGAUGAGCCGACCGCCAAGGAAAUAGGGAAGAAAAUAGUUUUUUCGAUUUACAUUUUGCUUUUCCCAAUAUCAAUUAUGGCCGGAUGUAUUACAUCGGAUAAUGACGACGAAAAAGUGUUCUUGUUUGAGGAAAUAAUAAUGGUCACAGUGUUAGCUGUGAAAUUGGUUAAUGUUAUAUGGAAGAAGCGUCAGAUUUGUGAUUUGUUACAGGCAAUUGGUGUUUAUUCGAUCCAAGAUCGUAAAGUGUUAUGUCUGAUUCGGGGAGAAUUGCAGAAUGUUGUCAAAUUCCUCAACAUUUUCGUUAUUUCAUCAUUGGUAGUAACUAUUUGUUCCAUGGUGGUUGUACCGUUCAUUGGUAACGAACGAAAACUCCUUUUGGACAUUGAAUUUCCGAUGGAUUGGAAAAAUGACAACAUCGCCUUUUGGCUUGCGUUUGCAUUUUUCAUCACCGAAGUGCUUCUCGUAUUUGCGGCGUUCCUACUUUCCGUUUUGACUUGGUAUCUGAUGGCUAAUUGUGCAUUAAGAUAUCGCAUAAUCGGUCAUCAAAUUAAGGACAUGGCAGUUGAAAAAGCCGUGGUCACUGUUGACAUUGAAUCAUCGGCUGAAGCAGACAAUAUGGGAUUGAAAGUUUCUGAAGCGCAAAGAUUUAUGUCCGAUCUGCAUGAUAUAAUCGAGUCCCAUAAGCAAACAAAGGAAUUAACCGAUCAGUUAUACUCGUUCAUUUCGACGACUAUUUCGAUUCAAACGACGACAAGUGCGGCUUGUAUUGGUUGCUCAAUUUAUUGCUUGACAUUCAACGAGUGCGAAAAUUUCAUGGAAAAGACCAUUUUCAUUGCGAUUUUGGUUUACAAUAUUUUCGACAUAUUCAUGAUUAUGUACUUCGGCAAUGAAAUUGAAUUAUCUAGUGAACAGCUCGGCUAUUGCCUUUUUGAAUCCGAUUGGAUUGGACAGCCGCAAGCUUCAAAGAAAUGUAUUAUACUUUUCGGUGAACUCAUACGGCAGCCGCAUGAAUUUUUAAUUUUGAAGUUACAUCCGCUCAAUUUAGCAACAUUUACGGAGAUUAUGAACUCCGCUUACAGCAUGUUCAACAUUCUAAAAAGUUUGAAAGAAAUUCAAUAGUUAUUUGCUCACCGAGGUUUAAAAAAAGUUUAACCUGUUUCACAACAAAUUCUUUCGAAUCUUCA